CUCUGUUCAAAGUGGGUUGACCUCUCCUGCUCUGCUGGACCUCACUGGGUCACUUUUACCUCAGCUUAACAAUGACGACUUCAGUAAUGCAGAAGGGCAGUCCUCUGACUCUGGUGCUCAUGGUUGCCUCUGCAGCCGUCGGAGGAACUCUUCAGUACGGCUACAACCUGGCCAUAAUGAACGCUCCGACAACUUUCAUCCAAACCUUCAUCAAUGAGACGUUCCUGCAGCGCUGGGACAUCCAGCUGGAGGACUUUCAGGUGACGCUGGUGUGGACAAUCAUUGUCUCCAUCUUCUCGUUGGGGGGGUUUGCCGGCGCGCUCAUAGCAGGACCAAUGACCAUACGCUUUGGGAGGAAGAAGUGUCUGCUGCUGAACAACGUUUUCCUCAUGAGCGGCGCGCUCUUAGCCCUCACCAGCCGGGCUGCCGGGUCAUUCGAGAUGAUCGUCCUCUCCCGCGUCCUGAUAGGAAUAAACGCAGGAAUCAGCAUGAACGUGCAACCCAUGUACUUUGGGGAAAGUGCACCGAAGCACCUGAGAGGAGCCAUCUCCCAGUCGUCAGCCGUCUUCACGGCCUUCGGCGUCGUCCUGGGACAGGUGGUCGGUCUCAGGGAGAUUCUGGGGGGCGAGUCUUGCUGGCAGUAUCUCCUAGCCAGCAACGCCAUUCCCGGCUUCAUCCAGCUCCUGACCCUGCCGUGGUUCCCAGAGAGUCCAAGGUACCUGCUUAUCGACAGAGGGGACAAAGAGGCUUGCAUCAAUGCUCUGCGGCGCCUUCGAGGCUGCGAGGUCCAGAGCAGUGAGCUGGACGAGAUCCUGCAGGAACAGGCUGAGGCCAAAGGCCUGAGACCGAGGCGGCCGUGGGAACUCUUCGCCGAUCGCGCCGUGCGCUGGCAGCUCAUCUCCGUCAUCAUCAUCUGCAGCGCCAUGCAGCUCUGUGGAAACGAUUCGAUUUACUUCUAUGCAUCCUACAUAUUUAAGGAGGCCGGCAUAUCCGAUGAUCAAAUUCAGUAUGUCACGAUCGGCACCGGGACUUGUGAGUUUACAGCGUGCAUUAUGUGUAAUCUGCUGGUUGAGCGCAAAGGUCGGCGGUUCAUGUUGAUGGGAGGCUUCCUGCUCAUGACCAUCUGGGCUAUCGUUUUCACCAUCGCUCUGUCAUUUGAGCAGUCUGUACCUUGGAUGCCGUACCUGAGCAUGGCCUGCAUCUUCACCUACAUUCUUAGCUUUGGGAUGGGACCAGCUGGAGUAACAGUCAUUCUUCCCACUGAGAUCUUCAAUCAGACGGCUCGACCAGCCGCCUACAUGAUUGCUGGCUCCAUGAUGUGGCUCAACCUCUUCAUCGUUGGGAUGAUCUUCCCAUUCCUGGUGAGUGGACUGAGUGAGUACUGCCUUGUCCCUUUCGCUGUCGUCUGCCUGGCGUCGGCUCUCUACAUCGGCCUGUUUCUGCCGGAGACGAAGGGAAAGUCUCUGUCGGUCAUCACGAGUGAAUUCCACAAGAUGAACUUCAAAAGCCAAAAUGACAAAAGCUUGGCGUUCCAGACUCAAUACAAGCUGGGCGAAGUGUGUCUUUCCACUGCCUUAUAGUAGAUAAGACUUUUCGACUGUGGACUUAAUUUUUAUUACAGGUGAAAAACAAAGCUGUUGUUUCACCAGGAUUACUUCAUCAGGAGGAUGUUUCUGCCUCAUUAUCAAAACUCCAAAUGACACCAGGAAUCGCGUCUCUUUAUGUUAACAGAAACAAACUGACCAACGAGUCACUUGCUGAGAUACAAAUCUGACAUUUUGUUUCAGGUUUACUCUUUUCUGUUUAUAAGUAAGACCGGUAUGAAGGCAUUUUUCUAAGCUAUGUCAAUAUGAUCCAUGAUGUUGAAGUUCUAUUGUACUUUAUUGUACUAUAUUGUAUAUUGUACUGUAAAUAUGUAUCAAUUGUGUAGCUGUUACUGGUCUGAGUUGUGGGCAGUUGUGUCUUAAACACAUUAACGCUUAAAAAUGUGUUAAUGUGUCUACAAAAAAUUAAUUAUAUCAAGAAAUAUAGGCAAUCGGUAACUAUAAACUGGUAGUUAGACAAAAACAGGAGACAGGCUGGCAAGAGGUAAAUACUGUGCCUUCCAAAAGUAUGGACAGCUGCUUGAAUUUUUUUUUAAAUUUUCUCACCAUAAAAUUAAAAUUUAGCUUCAAUUUAAGUUGUUAAAAAAUCAAAAGGAUGCUGGAUUUUCAAAUGAAAUGCAAACAAAAAUAGAAAAAGCGUGGAGUGUAUUUGUAUGUUAGCCUCUUUGCUUGUAAUGCAAGCGAAAUCCAGAGCAAAUAUUUGCCUUUGGACGUCCUAGAAAUUGAGUCCGUCUGUGUAUCAUUUGAUGCCAAUAUAAAUUAAACUGUUGUGUGAUGCUCUUGAAAAAUGCUGCCGUACAAAUAGCUUGAAGAAGAUAAAGAAACACUGCAGGGAAGUCAGAGAUAACGUUGUGGAGAACUUUAAAGCAGGUUUAAACAAACGUCAUCCAAACAUGGAAAGAGUAUAUGGCACAACUAAAAACUUAGCUAGACAUGGCCGUCUACCUAAACAAGCAGAGCAUUAAUCAGAGAAGCAGCCAAGAGGCCCAUGGUAAUAUUAUUAUUCAUCAUAAAACCAUUUCUCACGUGGAAGAGUGGCCUAAAGAAAGCUAUAAGAA